AAUCAAACCGAAAGAAAUAUAAAAAAUAUUAAAGCCAACAAGAAGUUGGCCAACAAACCGACUAAUUUAGUCUGCAAAUGAGCAGUCAAGUGAACGGUUUUUAAAAACGUCAACGCAUUGUUUGAAAUUCCUAAAUAGUUGUUGGAAAAACCAACGUUUAUUAAACAAAAGAAAAUUGUAAAAAAAAAAGUGAGAAGAGAAAAAUUUAUUUAAAAAAAAAAAAAAUUUCAUCACUUUUUAUCAACCUGUGGAAUUCCUAUUGUUUCAAAUUGGAUUACUAAAACAAAAACAAAAACUAUAACAUUUUCCUUUUUUAUUUUAUUCUUCAAUAUUACUUUAAGGUUUCUGUAUAAAUUUCUCUUAACUUGAAGGGGUUGUCCACAAUGAAGAAUGUUAAGCGAUGGAUGUUUAUCACUGCAGCUUUUUUAGUUUUAGUCAUAGUCAAUGUUGACGCUAUACAACCAUUUAAAAAAGUUUCCAUUGCCACUACACCAAAAACAAUAUCCACCUCAUCAUCAGAAGCAGAUGCUGCAACAGCGGAAGGCGAUGGGGAAACAGUGACAGCGGCAAAGGAGGAAAAGCACGAAUAUGGUGCCAACAAAAUACGAACACACGAUCAUGCUGCCAUCAAUACAACGAGAGAAUCUAAAUUGACUGGUAUACCACAAAUUGAUUACAUCUGGGAUCCAAAUUUACCCCGUGAAUUGAGAGGUUUCAAUCUGUCAACCUAUCCAUUUUUAUCAACAACACCACCCGAUGAUGAGAUUCACUUUAAAUGUGAUGGUUUGCAUGAUGGUUUCUAUGCAUCCAUAGAAUAUAAAUGUCAGGUCUAUCAUCAUUGUGUUUAUGGCAUACGUCACGACUUUUUAUGUGCCAAUUUUACGGCAUUCGAUCAGAGAACUUUUAUCUGCCACUUUGCAUCCGAUGUCGAUUGUGAGGGAUCCCCGAACUUUUGGAAUAGAAACGAUGCUUUAUAUAUGGCCACCACCACCACAUCAACAACGACCACAACUAUAGCACCACCACCAACCCAGCGCAGACGUCCUGGAGCAAGACCUUUAAGGCCACUGAGAAGACCCUCAAAUCGUCGUCCCGUAGAUGAUUAUUACUAUGAAGAUGAAGAAUAUGAUGAGGAUUAUUAUCAGGAGCGUGCCAAUAGAAGACGUAAGCAGAGACCACGUCACCGUAAACCCGUUGUAGCCGAAUAUGAUGAUGAAUAUGAGGAUGAAAAACGUUCAUUUGCCGAUGAGAAACCAAGACGUGCCAAUGGCCGUGAUCGUGUUCGUGAAGAAGUAGAACCUGAAGAUGAUUAUGAUGUUAAACCUAAAUCGCGCAGUAAGCCAACAGCAACUGCUGAAAGACGCAAAUUAGGUAGUCGCAAGCCAGGUGCUUUUACCGGCCGUGCCAGUGCCGAUGAAAGACGUAGUUUUAGUGAUGAUCGUCCUCUGACUGGACGCCGCAAGGCGGCAGCAGCCGCUGUGGUAGAUGAACCAAUUGAACCCGAAACACCCCGCCGCUCAAACGGCCGCAGACGUAUUAAUGAAAAGCGUUCUACAACGGCUUCACCAGCCAGUGACUUGGAUGAUUUAGAUGAAUAUGAAAAACCCGAAUCCCAUAUACCCGAUCAGGAAGAAGCAGCUGCCGAUGAAGAUGCUCCUCCAAAAAUCAAAACAACUCCUAAGCCUUUGGAAGAAUUUGUAACACCCAAAGCAGCGCCAGCUUCAGUUUAUGCUCGUCCCAGAGCUCCGCCUCGCAUUGCCAGACCAGUACCCGUCAGUGCCAAGGAUAAAUUCCAAUAUCCUGUACAAAGAACCGCCACCACAUCAUCGCCUCCUGGUGGCGCCCAAGGUGAGGACGAAGAGUACUAUGAAGAUGAGGAAUAUGAUGAUACGCGUGCUCAUCGUGGUCACAGCAAAAAACGUGUUGUCGAAGAGAUUGCCGACGAAGAGGAAGAUGUGCCUGUCCCCAAGAGAGGUAUUUUGGCGCGCAAACCUACCAAAACUCUUAGAAAGCCCGUAACAGAGAAGAAAGCUGUGAAAGCCGAUGAAGAGGAUGACUAUGAAGCCGACGACAGUUACACACGACGUGGCGCCAGUCGAAGAAGAAAUCCUUUAACAAGUCGCACUCGCAGUCGUGCUCCCGUUCGUGACGAUGUCGAUUUUGUCGAUGACGAUUACGAAGAACGUCCUGCUAAGCGCACCAGACCAGGUGCCCGUAAAGGUGCCAAGAAACCCCGACUACCCGAACCCUCUGAAGAAGUCGACACGGAAGAGGUAGAACCAGAGGUAGAACAGAAACCUUUAAGAGGACGUGGUGGUGGUUCAAUUGCCAGCAGGCGCAAACCCAUACCCGCCAUACCAAGUCGCUCUCGCAGCCCCGCCGCCCAAGCUGUCUCAUUAGUCAAUAGCGAUGAAGUCGAGGGCGAUAUUGCAGAGGAAGAAGAUGAGUUACCCGAAGCAAGUAAAAAUAGUUUACCCACCAGCCGUCCGGCUUCGGUACGUGUAGUCAAACGACCAUUUUUACCAUCACGUGGUGGCAGCCCAUAUUUACCAAGAGGUCUACAACCGGUAGGCGUCGCUCAUAAAUCACACGAACCACAUACCACUGACAGUAGUAUGAUCGAUAUGUUCUCUACCAAUUCCGGUGUACAUCUCCUUGAACAUGGUGCUCCAUUGUUGCGUGACUCUGGGCCACGUACCACACUGCCACCACGUAGUGCUAUACCAGUAUCACAACCACGACCAGAAACGCAACCAUCUAGUAAAGCUACAUUGGAUGAGCUAUACGAAAAUGAUUACGAUGUUACGCUUAAUGAUGCUUUAAAUCCAACGCUUAAACCGCUUUCGCCGCAUCAAUCAACCCACUAUCAUCAACAUCAUGAAAAUAACAAUAACAACCGUCCGUAUCAGAAUAUCCGCCGGCGCACGAUCGUCUCGCCGCCAGCCCCGCAAUCAAGUCGCACCAGCGAUUACCACAGAACCAACACAAACGUAGGCUCAAGAAUAGCACCAAAUUAUUACGAUGAUUAUGAGUACUAAGUAAAAUUCACCGGCCGUUUGUCAACUUUAACCGGGGGAGCAAACAAUAAAAGCACACUAAAAAUAUACUUCCCAACUGUAAAUAAACCUGCAAUGAAAAAAAACAACAAAUAUUCAAUUAAACAAGCUGCUGCCAAUAAGUGUAUGCUCACGAAACAACUUGGUGUACAGGACGAAAUAAAAACUCUAAACUCAACUAUAAAAUGCAGCAAGCAAACUCUUAAUCCUCUCUUAAACUAAACGUAGUGUGCUCAAUCAUCAUCAUCAUAAUACAUUUAGUUGUUUUUUUAAUUGUAGUAUAUUUAAAUUAAGUUUAUUAUUCUUUUUUAAUUUUACAUAAAAAAAAACAAAACAAAUACUCAAUUUUUCGUGAUAGUAAAUGACAAAAAGGACAAAAUUAUAUUUGUCUUGUAAAAGAGAAACAAAAGUAAUGAAAAGCAAUUAAUGUUUAUAAUUACAAAACAAGUUAAUGACUUAUUUUUUUAUCAUUUUAUUUUUCGUUUUUAUAGUUUUGAUUAUUUUUUCUUUUCUUUUUCGUAAAUUAUAUUAUUUAAACAAACAAAAAUUAACCCGAAACUCUUUUAUUUUUUCCAAGAAAAUUUUUUAAAAUAUUAACAAACAAAAAACCUAAUUAUACAAACAUAAACAUUGAACUAUAUUUGUUUAAAUUUUAUACUAGAAAUAGUAUUUUCAAUUAAAAAAAAAACUAAAAAUUUCACUCAUAAUUAGUAGACUUGAAAUGCAAUGUAAUUAAAUAUAAAAAUAAAAAAACAAAAAACAUAAAAGAAAAUAAAAUAAAACACUAUACAAAUAAAAAAAAAACAA